GCUGUAGGGGGAGGUAGACGUGCUGCUGGUUUGACGUGGAGUAUUUCCGCAAGGAUACGAUGGAGUAGUAGCGUGUAGCUUCAAGCUAGCCCGUAUUAACCUCAAACCGAGCCGGGAUUUAGCGCUGAAUCCCAGUUAGAUCUGGGUUCACGUGGGUUGACAGACAACAGUCUUUCCUAGACUGAUCCCUUUGUGUUCCCCCGCCUCCAUUCAGCCACAACCAUGAUAAAAGCCAUUCUAAUAUUCAACAACCACGGGAAACCGAGGCUUUCUAAAUUCUACGAGCACUAUAGUGAAGACACAGAGCAACAGAUCAUCAGGGAAACCUUUCACUUGGUCUCAAAAAGAGAUGAGAACGUCUGUAAUUUCCUUGAAGGUGGAAUGUUGAUCGGAGGAUCAGACAACAAGCUGAUCUACAGACACUACGCCACACUGUACUUUGUGUUUUGUGUGGACUCCUCAGAGAGUGAACUAGGAAUUUUAGACUUAAUCCAGGUGUUUGUCGAAACGCUGGACAAAUGCUUUGAGAAUGUGUGUGAACUUGAUUUAAUUUUCCACGUAGACAAGGUCCACAACAUUCUGGCAGAGAUGGUGAUGGGCGGCAUGGUCCUGGAGACCAACAUGAACGAAAUCAUCACGCAGGUGGACGCGCAGAACAAGAUGGAGAAGUCUGAGGCUGGUAUCGCAGGAGCACCUGCUCGUGCCGUUUCAGCUGUUAAGAACAUGAAUCUCCCAGAAAUGCCCAGAAACAUCAACAUUGGUGACAUCAGCAUAAAAGUGCCAAACUUACCCUCCUUCAAAUAGUGGCAGCAAGAUCCUCAGCCUGCAGACGUCAGCCAGUGUUUACCGUGAUGCAAUCUGUUUACCAAAACCUCAAAAAACAAGUUUUAUCAAAAGCAUAACUCUUGAAGGUACUCUGUGAAUUAAAACUCCUCCUUUGGCGUUAUCUCUUUGAUUUUCCUGUUAUGAAAUGAAUGUGUUUUAUGUGGCUUUUUCUGUUUGAGAGAAAAGUGAAGUAUUUAUUUAGCAGUGGUACAUUCCCUCUGCCUUUCUGGAGGCCUGCCCUUAUAUUCAGCUGCUACAGUGCAGACCUGGAUCAGUUUUUAAUUGAAAUGUUUUCACUUUAUUUGUGUUUACUUUAGCCUGUCUGAAGAGAAAGAUUGGCAGGCAAUGAAGAUUUGGGACAGCCUGGCUUGACUGUGCCAGACUAGAGCCAUCAGUCAGUCAGUGGUGGCAUGUAAAUGCAGUCAUUUCAAAUAGCAAAUUGGAACAGGUCUGCCACAGUAUUGGAAAACUAUACAGAUGGUUUGCAAACUCAAUACAAAUGACAAAUAUUGUUAUAUUGCAAAUAUGCUGUAUGAUGACAAUAAUAUAUAUGCUGAAAUUGUAUUUUUUCCUUAGUCUUAUCUGUAUGCAAAAAACUAUUUUAAAUAUAUCUUGUCUUAACAAAUAAUUUUCUUUUCAGUUUUCUGUGCAUGAUUUUUUUUGUCUCUCCUUUUGCAACACAAUAAACUGUUCAAUCUGAA